AGGUUGCAGGCAGGCCGCGCAUGUGGUAGAAGCGGAACCGCUGCCCCUCGCCUGCUCCUUGGACCCUCGCGAGCUCUGCACGGCGGGACUUCGGCGCCCGCUUGAAGACGCGGAGGAGGGAGGGGGCUUUAGGGCUGAGCGGCCGCCGGCCCGUCCGACUCGCGACCUGCGCCGAGAGUGCCUCUUGCAGCGGUGCGGACUCCUCCCCCCCGCCAGUGCCCCCCGCCGCCCCCCGCGACGGGCUGUCUCCUCAAAAGGGGACUCUUUCAGCGGCUGCUGCGGCGGAGAUGAAGAGCUGGCCGAGCACUGAGACGAGCUCGGGGCCGGUCAAUUAGGGACGUCUCGGGGAGGCCGCCUGCCCUUUCCUUUGGGCCUUCUGCCCUGCAAAGGAGGCCUCGCACGCCUUCAGGCGCACGCGGGGCGCGGGGACUCCAGGGUCCGGGCGAGGCGCUCGCCGCUCUCCGCAGCGCUAUGUUUCCGCGGAGGCCGCCAGGCCCCCUGACCGCCUGGCUGGCGGGCGCCGCGGCGGCGGGGGCGGCGGCGGCGGCGGCGGGGGCCGCGGGGGUGCGGACCGGGGGCCUGCUGGGCCUGCUGGCCAAUCAGUGCCGCUUCGUGACGGGCCUGCGCGUGCGGCGCGCGCAGCAGAUCGCGCAGCUCUACGGCCGCCUGUACUCCGAGAGCUCCCGCCGCGUCCUGCUGGGCCGCCUCUGGCGCCGGCUGCGGGGCCGCCCCGGCCAGGCCCCGGCUCUCAUGGCGGCUCUAGCCGGCGUCUUCGUGUGGGACGAGGAGCGGAUCCAGGAGGAGGAGAUGCAGAGAUCCAUUGAUGAGAUGAGACGGUUGGAGGAAAUGUCAUGUAUGUUUCAUAGCCCUGGAGUUGGACGCCACCCUCCAGAACCAAAAACCGAAAAAGAAGGGAAUGAAGAUUCUGGGAGCAAAGAGCAACCAUGGGAAAUGGUGAUGGAUAAGAAACACUUUAAGCUGUGGCGACGCCCAAUUACAGGCACCCACCUUUACCAAUACAGAGUUUUUGGAACUUACACAGAUGUGACACCCCGACAGUUCUUCAAUGUUCAGUUGGACACAGAAUAUAGAAAAAAGUGGGAUGCUCUGGUAAUCAAGCUGGAAGUUAUCGAGAGGGACGUGGUUAGUGGCUCUGAGGUUCUUCACUGGGUAACUCAUUUUCCUUAUCCGAUGUACUCACGGGAUUAUGUUUAUGUUCGGCGGUAUAGUGUGGAUCAGGAAAACAACAUGAUGGUGUUGGUGUCACGCGCUGUGGAGCACCCUAGUGUACCAGAGUCUCCGGAAUUUGUGAGGGUCAGAUCAUAUGAAUCCCAAAUGGUAAUUCGUCCUCACAAGUCGUUUGAUGAGAAUGGCUUUGACUACUUGUUGACAUACAGUGACAAUCCCCAGACUGUGUUUCCUCGAUACUGUGUUAGUUGGAUGGUUUCCAGCGGUAUGCCAGAUUUCCUGGAGAAGCUGCAUACAGCCACUCUGAAAGCCAAGAACAUGGAGAUCAAAGUUAAGGACUAUAUCUCGGCUAAACCUCUGGAAAUGAGUAGUGAGGCCAAGACUACUGCUUCAUCUUCUGAACGGAAGAACGAGGGUAGUUGUGGCCCUGCUCGAAUUGAGUAUGCUUGAAUGGUGUUGGAAUAAGAAGGGACAGCCUUUUUCUAACUCUGUACUUGUCCCUUAUCUGCUAUUGAAUGGGGACAUGUAUUAAAAUGUAUCUGCUGUAACCAUCAGUGCAAGAUAAUUCAGUAACAGGCAUCUGAUUUCAUUCAGAGCCCUUAUUGCUCUUUAUCAAAACGGAGAGGAGGUAUCCAUUGGGGACAUUGCCAUACUCUCAGGCCAAGCAUUUUGAAUUUCAGUAUUUCACUAAGCUAAUGUGGAACAAUUCUCUCAUCUCAGGCCAGGAGACAAUUUCUCUUUGCUUCCUCUGAGUAGCUUCCUCUGCCAACAAUCCAGUUCCCACCAUUGGUUCUACGGCAAAUUUGGAUUUCCUUCAGUUCCGAAGCUUCAACUGGAAAGUGCUAUUGGCUGGUUCAGUCUUUCAGUGAGGGGCUCAGUAACCGUCCUAGUGUUGAAUGGAUGUGAACUAUUGCUUGGCAGUGUAAGUGCCUUGUCUUCAUCUUCCUUCUCUCUUUAGGGACAUAAAGUUUGUACCAAGAAAUUUAUCUUGGCCUCUCACACAUGCUGUUGACUUAGUCUGUCUAAAGCAGUUUCCUUUGAAUUGGCCAGUCCUAUAUUUGUGCUCUGUAUUCAUUUGGGCCAUCAACUCCUUCUAAAUUAUAAUUUAUUUACCAAAAGCAUAGGGAAAUGAAUCAUUUUUUGACAGGAAUUUUUGUAUCAUCAGUGUUUUAAUAGGACCAGUGGAGAUGCUGAAAAUAUGACACUUAAAUUUAGUGAAAAAGUGAAAGUCGGGGAGUUGAAUGAAUUUCUUUAUAUCCCAUUGUAUAGAGAACACCAUUUUUGACUCAGGCAUUAUUUUUCACACUUCGGAUUUGAUUGGAUGCUGAGACCUGGCCUUCUUAAAAGAUUAAAUGUAGAGGAAUAGGAGUUGGGUAGACAAGAUGUAUGAAAGAACAGAUGUAUUUUUGUCCCAGAUUCUAAUGUAACAGGAAUGUGAUUUAUGUCACCUUCUUGCUCCUUUAAGAAAAAUUUCCUCCUCUUCAGAGAUAAAGUAAGAACAAGCUACUUGUUCAGAUGAGAUUACAGUCAGCUGGUAUACUUUUGCCUAACUGAUCUUACUUAUACUUACUUACACUGUUUAUAUUGCAAUCUGCCAGAAUAGAGAUCACGUUUUUAAGUCCUCCUCUCUCACCUAGGUUUUGUGUGGCUUUUUUUUUUUUAUAUAUAUAUACUUUUUUUCCUUUGCUUGCUACUACCCUUUUGUGGGGAGAAAAAGGAGCUAAACCUGAGGCUAAUUUAGGCAGCUUGACCUUUUUUUUCUGUAUUAUCAGGUUUUGUGCCAAGGAAUAACUGCUCCGUUUUUCAUAUUUCACCUUCUCAGAGUCAUUGGCAGAGCAGAGAAGAUGCAUUGAGCAGUUCUAACUCCCUUUUCACUAAUCUAUCUUAGAGUUCCUGGGUUAUGUCUGAACUUUGCACCUGUGAUUGUUGGAGCAUGGAUGAAUGUGAGUGAGACUGUGUGAGUGAAUUAGGAGCUAAGGAGCUCAUGGUCUGAUUUUUGGCAAAUUGACUCUUCAGUUGGGGUUGGUCUGUAUAGUUACUUAUACUCUUGUAAUGAUUUUACUCCUAACUGACAUUUUUAUCAAAUGUGUGAAUAAAUACUAAAAAGACUGGUACAAAA